AUGCCACUAUCCACCACCUCCCUGCCUCCUCCGCCACUAAUCCAUGGAAAGAACUCCAAGACUUUCUCUUCUCCACCUAUGGAUGGUUCACUCACCGUACCCCAAUUGAUUGACUGGCACGCUGAACACAGCCCUCACCACCCUCUCUUCGUCUUCGAUGAUGGCCCCGACAAAGUUUGGGUAACUUGGUCUAAAACCCGUAUCGCCAUCGAAAGAGCGGCGCGUAUCGUUCGUGCCCUAAAUGUCCCUAGGCAUGGCACUGCUAGCAAGAAUAUUGCUAUCCUCGCAGUGACGGACACCGUCUCUUAUUUCACGUUGUUCCACGGUAUCAUGCGUGCAGGGUAUGUACCCUUUGCACUUAGCCCUCGCAAUUCCCCUUCUGCGAUCGCUCAUCUACUCACUAACACUGGCACGACCCAUGUGUUUGUGAGUGGCGACCCGAACAUGCAGGCUCUUUGGGCAGCAUCCAAAAAGGCCCUUCCGGGAGGCGGGCAGCCUACGUGUGCCGCGGUUUCGGCGCCUUUUUAUGAUAUCCUUUACGAAGAGAAACCGGAAGGGCAUUUAAUUUCCGCACCCGGUGCCGAGCUUAAUACCACCGGAAUGUUGUUACAUUCAUCAGGUUCUACCGCUUUCCCCAAGCCUAUUGCGAUCCUCCACCGUUCGACAUCUUAUGGUGAAUUUGACCUGUGCUCCAACGUCAUUGGGGCCGCCACUCUACCAAUGUUUCACGCUCUCGGCGCGACGAACUCCAUCCAAAUGAUUGGAUGCGGCGGAAUUUUGCUAGUGUUCAAACCUAAACAGACACCCUCCUUCCCUUCACCCGAGAAGGCAAUCGACAGCAUUCUUUUUGGUGGUGUGGAGUCUGAAAAGGAGUGGAUUGAGUUGUUGAAACGAGCGAGGAUUGUGACUUACUCCGGUGGUCCACUCAGCAAAGUCGUAGGGGAUAGCCUUGCCGCUUCAGGCGUCCCCAUCUACCCUUCCUACGGAACUACCGAAACCGGGGGGGUGAACACGUACAUGCCUGCAAAAGUUGAUCCUGAAGCAUGGGAGUACUGGCGUUUCUCGAGGCACGUCCAUGCUUCCUUAAACCCACAAGGGGAAGAGGGCAGUGAUACCGUAGAGUUCAGAGCUCUUCGUGGCGCGACGCACACGCCCUCUAGGAUAAACUCUGAAUUCGAUGGAGAGAUGGGCCUUUCGACGAACGAUUUGUUGUUGGAACAUCCAACGAAAAAGGGGUACUACACCGUCUACGGACGUGCAGAUGAUCAGCUCAUGCUGAGCACUGGGGAGAAGGCAACUCGUCGCACGAAUCCUGGUCCGCUAGAGGCUGUCAUCUCCGGAGACUCGCUUGUUCAAGGCUCAGUGAUGUUUGGUCGCGGGAAACCACACGACGGAAUUAUCAUCACUCCUGCCCCACACCUCUCCCUCGAUAUUAACGAUAAAGAGAAAGUGGCUGCAUAUGUAGAUGCAAUUUGGCCUUCAGUCCAACUGGCAAAUGAACACGCACCAUCGCAUUCGAGAUUAUUCAGGGAGAUGAUCAUUCUUGCCAAACCUGAAAAACCUUUCACGGUCACCGGAAAGGGGUCUAUUCACAAAUCCGCCGUUAUUAAAGAUUAUGAAGAAGAGAUCGAAGCAGUUUACAAAGUUGUCGAGCAAGGAGCUUCUUCGGAGGCCCGGGUCAAGCCUCCGACCGAAUGGACCAAAGAAAGCAUGCAUACAUUCGUGCGAGAUGUCAUCACCAGCGUAAUGGGGAGCAAGAUUGGAGACAACGAAGAUAUGUUUCAGAAUGGAAGCGACUCUCUUCAGGCGACGUUUAUGCGGAAUUGUAUCGUGACGGCUCUUCGUGACACGAAAGCACAGAACAUUAAAGGGGAGCUCAUCGACACUUCGUUAUUUUCUUCCAGUUUGAUCUAUCAAGCACCUACGAUUAACUUACUCGCUGAAGUUCUCUAUGGGCUUUUCGAUCCUUCGUCAGUUUCAACGGCUGACCUUGCCGAGAACAAGAUCGCGGAGCUCCGAGCGUUCGUUGAUCGAUACACUUUGGAUCUGCCCAUUCACAAACCAACGGACCCGGCUCCGGGUCAGGGUAGCGAGGUGAUCGUCGUCACCGGAACGACGGGUGCGUUGGGCACUGCGAUACUGGCGCAGUUGGCGAGUAUAUCGACGGUCGCGAAGGAGGAGAGUUUAAUUGAGAGAGGGUAUGAUCCGAGGGCGGUGCUGGGGUCGGGCAGGGUAGAGCUUUACGAGAUCAACCCAACUGCUCGGGAUCUUGGGUUGGACAGUUAUACAUAUGAGAUUAUUCGGCAUACUACGACCACCAUUAUUCAUACAGCCUGGAGUGUGGAUUUCAAUCUUGCCGUUUCUUCGUUCGAGCCUCUCUUUCAAGGUCUUCGAAACCUCGUUGACCUCUCUCUCUCAUCCUGUCUUCCGACACCUUCAAAGAUCCUCUUUGCGUCCUCCGUCUCUGUGCUUGGCACGCUCACUUCUGACGCUCCCGCCGCGGAAGUACACGUCGAUGACCCUCGCACCGUAUUGAACGCCGGUGGUUAUGGGGAGUCCAAAUGGGUUGCAGAACAGAUCCUUGCUCGUGUAGCGCAGAAGACACCGCUCAAACCGGUCGUCGUGCGCGUUGGACAGCUUAGCGGGGGGAAGAAUGGCUCGUGGAAUACGUCGGAGUGGAUCCCCGCUAUUGUCAAAUCGGGUGAAGUCGUGAAAGCUCUUCCUGCCGUUAAUGAUACAGUAUCGUGGCUCCCGAUGAGCGCUGCUGCUUCGGCUUUCAUCGAUUUCCGCAACACUACGAGCGGUCUAGUUCAUCUUUCGCAUCCUUUCCCUACAACUUGGACUGAGAUCUUCUCCCCUAUCGCCAAUGCUCUUCGCGUGCCCCUCGUUCCUUAUUCCCAGUGGCUUGAACUUCUUGAGAACGAUCUUGCCGAUCCGUCGCGCUCCGAAGUUGAAGCUGCGACUGCCAACCCGGCGCUACGUCUUAUCGGUAUGUUCCGUCCUUUCAAGGAUGGUAUGCCCGUCACCAAGGCACGGGAGGCUAUGGGCGUACCUGUACUUUCUAACGUUAAAGCUGUGAAGGAUAGCCCUGCGCUUCGGCGGGAGAACUUGAGGAAUCUUGGUAAGGAGGAUGCUUUGGGUUGGUUGAGGUAUUGGAGGGAGAAGGGAUUCGUUACGAGUGAAUUGCACUUUGAGGAGGAUGGUGCACCACGAGUGGCAGAGAAAGUGCCCAUCCAUUUAGCAACUGAGCAGCAACCCCCGCAACCCCCUCAACCACCACAACAACAAUACUCUUCUCAACCUCCUUCGAGUCCGCCUCGUGGUUAUGCGUCCCAACAGCCGGGUCCUGGUUUAGUUCAUCAGCAGACUCCGGCGCCGACUCAACGACUGGCGGGUAGCUCUAUGUACAGAUCCACACCGCUCAGUGGGCCGCCUCCUGGGCAUGAUAUGGUUUCAGCCGAUCAAUAUCGGUACGCGUUGACCAACUUCCGUAUUGCGCACGAGCAAGUCGAGAAGCAGAGACAACAGUUAGAAGAACAGGAGAGACAGGUUGCUUUGCUUAGACAACGGAUCGCUGUGUUGGAAGGCGGAGAUGAACAGGGGCUGACGAAGAUGAAUGCGCGUGCUGGGAAGUCGAGUGUGGAUGAUUUCUCGAUUAGGAACGAAGCUUCCAAGUUGGAACGGUUGAUUAACCGAUGGGCUGCGGAUGUCGUCCGUAACCCUCCAGGGAGUCUAGGAGACAUAUAUAAUGCCUCUCAGUCUGAUAUGGGAGGGUAUGAGAUCGAGAAUCCGACGCCGGCAUUGGUACAGAACAUCCUGCGGCACGCUCUAUCCGAAAUAAUAUCUGAGGGCAUCAUUAAUUGUUUGAUUGUCACUAAUUCGCCUGAAGCCAACAUCCAGUUGUCUCGUAUCCAUGAUCAUAUCUUCCAGCGCGAUCCCACUGUGGCCAGCGUUUGGAGACGGCAGACCUUCUCCGCCGCCGUUGAAGCCUUCACGACCGAAAUGUCGGAUUACAUCCUCAACGAGCAAAUCCCAACUCUAACAGAACUCAUCUUCUCCCCUUCCGCACCACCUCAGACAGCGGUGCUUGCCGCAGGAUUACGAAAUAUUCUGAACACUGGAUAUGAAUUCUCUAGGACGCUGCAUGCGAGUAAGACUAGCUCUGCUGGAUCGACGGGAGGGGCAGAUGCAUUUUAUCGAGCGUUCGUGCCUGAUCUUGGAAGUGUGUUGUAUCCGACCAGGAUCGAGUUGUUGAAGAGAUGCAGAAAGCAUGAGAUGGGCGAAGUGGAUCGGGUCGGAGCUUGUGUCUUCCCAGGUCUCGUGAAGGUCGCACGAGGGGUCAACGGUAGUGCCUCUGAUGAUACAGACGGUGGACAGUCGGUCAUUCGCCGUGCCCAAGUUGUUUGCGAGUGUGCGUUGGGACUUGGUGAUGUGGUGGUUGCAGCAAACCCAGGCGCGGCAGCUGCUCUAGAAGCUAAUUUUGAGCAACUUAGAGUUUAA